GACAAGAACCUUUGUCCCUUCACUCAAAUUAAAAAAAAAAAAAAAAAUAAAAAUAAAAAUGGUGCUAGGUUUAGAAUCGGCGGUGUUCCAAGAAGAUAAGUUGAUUGGUUGUGGAUGGAAGAAUGUGGAAGCAAUGGAAGCAGGCGAAUUUGUUGGGGGAGGAUUGAGGGCCACCGUUGCUCCAGUGGGGAAGCGAUGGGGGCGGAGGGGGAAGAUGGUGAAGAAGAGGGAGGAGAUUGAGAAGCAAAGAAUGACACACAUAGCUGUUGAACGCAAUAGGAGAAAGCAAAUGAAUGAGUAUCUGUGUGUGCUGAGAUCCAUGAUGCCUUCUUCUUACACCCAAAGGGGAGAUCAGGCGUCAAUCGUGGGAGGGACCAUCAAGUUGGUGAGGGAGUUAGAACAGCUUGUGCAGUGGUUAGAGGGAAAGAAGCAAAGGCAUGAACAUAUUUGUUAUGCCGGCCAGGAUUAUUCAGGGGAAUCGAAGGUGGAGGUGAGGGUGAUAGAGAGCUACGCCAAUAUA